UUGGGAAGAAUUUAAAAAAGAAACAAGAAACUAAUGUAAACAUCUCAGAAGGAUUGUCGUUUAAAAUAGUGUGCCUGGUUUCAAUAUUCAAUUUCAAUAUAUCCGUUCUUAUAUUUUCUCCAUAAGAUGUCGGCCGAAAUUGAGGAACUGUUGAAACGCUACCAAAACUACCCAAAUGUUGUUGGCAUUAUCGUUUUGGACCCGUUCGCCAUACCCAUCAAGACAACAAUGGACUACACUUUGACCGUUCACUAUGCGGCCCUGAUAAGCACCCUGACCUUCAAGGCGGCCAAGAUGGUCACUAAUUUGGAUUCGAGCAACGAGCUGGUGAACCUGCGCAUGCGCACCUUGAACCACGAGGUUAUCGUGGUGCCCUCGGAGAGCUACAUCAUCAUUGUGAUCCAGAAACCCGGAACCUAACCCACGAGCACAAUCCAGCAACCUAAUGCAUUUAUGGUUGAUAUAAUUUAGUGAAUUUUAAGUACUUGAAAAAGUUAAUCAAAGUCUAAAAGGGUUUUAAAUUAUAGAACUAUGUUGGAAUUAAUAAAUCGCAAGUUAGCAAUAUGAA